UGAAGUCAGCCCUAUUACCAGUUUCAGUUAAGAAGUAAAGAUAGAAACAUCUACACAUUAGGAUACAAGCGAUGGCUGAUGGACCAAACGCUGUUGAGUUUGAUGACGAUGAAGAGUGCUGGAUGCAGCUGGAUGACUUCAGAAUGCUUCUCAUCAAAACCAUUGAGCCUUCACGAAUUAUACCAUAUCUGAGACAGUGUAGAGUGCUCAAUAGCGAGGAUGAGGAACAGAUUUACAAUGAUUCAAGUUUGGUUAUAAGACGGCAAAAAGUAGGUAUGCUACUAGAUAUUUUACAAAGGACAGGUCAUAAGGGCUAUGUGGCAUUCCUUGAGAGUUUGGAACUGGACUAUCCUCAGCUAUAUCAGAAAAUAACCGGCAAAGAGCCGUCGAGGGUUUUUUCAAUCCUUGUAGAUACUGCAGGUGAGUCAGGAUUAACCGAGUUUCUCAUGAAUGAGGUGACUCGGCUUCAGAAAACCCUUCAGGAUGAGCGUAAAGCAAGACUGGCAGCUUCUGCACGUGUUGCUGAGCAUGCUAACACAAUUCGCCAGCUGCAGACUCGUGAAUGCGAGCUUCGCAAACAGCAAGAACGUGUACAGCGUAUGCGUGGAGAAUGGGAACAGAUGUGGGACGAGGUACGGCACUUGAAGGAUGAGAAUUACAAAUUGAUGAGUGACAUGAACCGACUGUGUGAGGAGAAGAACAGCGCUCUCAUGUGUAAUCGGGACCUUCAACUGGAGAUUGAGAGGCUGAAGCACAGCUUAAUGAAUGCCGAGAGCAAUUCAAAAAUUCAACGAAAACGUACUAUUACCCUUAAAAAUGCUAUGGAGCAGAGGCCUAGCCAAGAAAUGAUGUUGGAGCUUCAGAAAGAGAAUGAUCUACUGCAGGCUCAAGUGCAGGAGCUUUCUUCCAAGGUUAAAAUUCCAGAUGAAAAUGAGAAACCAAUAACUGAGUCACUAGAAGAUAUCAAGAAGCAAACCCAGGCACAUCAGGAGCUGGUCAAUGAGCUUUAUGAAUUACGGAGAGAUCUACAUGAAGCUGAGUAUCUACGAGAUAAGUACCUGGAAAAGAAGGAUGAACUGGAACUAAUGUGUGAGAUUUUAAAGAAAGAUUCAAAAAUGUACUGCAAACGCAUGGAAGACAUAUUAAAGCAGCUGGAUGAAGUCAUUAAAGAAAGAGACAAGGCCAUUUCUUCACGAGAAGAGUAUCACGUGGAGAACUGUAAAAACCUCCAGGAUAAGGAUGGUUACCGCAAGCAGCUCCGAGAGAUAAGAGAACGUUACGAUGAGCUCCAGGUCCAGCUCUUCCGCAGUCAAGGAGAAAGUCUUGCUCUUCAAGCAAAACUCCGGAAACAGAACCACUGUUACAAAACACUAAGAAGUACAGAAGGGGACUCUUUUCAGGGCACCGUGGAGCUAAAAAGCCAGACAAGUGAGGAAGAUUUCAAGGAAACAUAUGACAAAAGUAUAAGUGAUGAUCCCCAAAGCCCAACCUCAGGGGAGUACAGUGUCUGCAUAAGUAUAAAAGACCCAUGCACCUCAGACAACAAGAAAGAAUCUUUUCGGGAGAGGAUGUUUACUGAGGAGGAACUGUCAUCCUGCCACUCACCCAGGCCGAGAUGCAAUUUUUAUUAUAGAAGGAAACGUGCCUUGAGAACAAAAGCCACUGUUAAAGACUGUGCUAAAGAGUGCACACAGUGUGUUCUGGACAACACCAGUGCCAGUGAUAACACAGACACAGAUGGGAUUUAAUAUAAUCCUACCUAGGAGGUGCCAUUUUGCAAAUAGACCGCAUGACCUACAAAGACUACAGAUUUAUUUUUGUUGUUGUCGUUGUUGUUAUUAUUAUUAUUAUUAUUAUUAUUAUUAAGUUGUUGUUUUUAAAUACAUUGCCAUUUGUGGUCAAUUUGAAAGCCAGUUAGUUGCACUAGUCUUACUGAGUUAAAACAUUUGACAUAUUAGAUAUCACACUGCCUGCUCAAAAAAAUUGCAGUUUGUAUUUUAAUAAACAAAAACUUAAAAGCAUUUGAUUGGAUAAUUACUGCACCAAUCAAUAUGCUUCAGCUGGCAACAAUUCCUUUAAUUCUAACUGAUUCAAGUUUGUAGGUUCCCAUUUUUUAAUCAUGCUAGAUUUAUCCUGUGGUUACUUGAAAGAUAUUACCAUGUUUCAAAAACUAUUGGCCGGCAUUAAGCAAAGUGAAUGACUAAGGUGAUGGCUGAAAAUACUGGAAAUGGAUUAAGAACUGCCCGACACUUCAUUUUAAUUUAUAAUGUUAAUCUGGUUUAUCUCAGCUAGCCAGCUAAUUAGAUUUCUUAGUUAGUUAGCUAGUCAGUUUUUGUUAAUUUAUGUUGUAAAUUUAUGUUAUAUGUAGCACCUUGGUGCUGGAGGAGUGUUCAUUUCAUCAUGUACUAAACUGUAUACUGUAUGGUUGAAAUGACAAUAAAAGCCUACUUGACUUGA